UCAGGUCGUGUGUUGUGAAACUGCUUCUUAUUCUCCCAGAGACAGUGUGUUAGGUGUGUCCGGAUAUUAAAUCAUAGUUAUUUAUUAAUACUACAGACGUGGCGCUGUUUAACAACAUGUCACAGCGUUAGCCUCAGUUAAAUCCGGUCACACCGUUUGAAGAUGGCAGCAAGAACCUGAAUGACACUUCAGUCAACUGUCUCCAAAUAGAAACAGAGUCUUCAGAGAAAAUGCUUUUCACUACGUGGUCGCGUCUGUGCUGCCGGGCGGCGUCGAGCCGGGGACAGAGGACGCUGAGUCUGUUCUCCAGCCCCGGAGCGUCCAACUGGAGCAAAGUGGUGUCCGACGCGGAGAAGAUCGUCGGGUAUCCCACCUCCUUCAUGAGCCUCCGCUGCCUGCUCAGCGACGAGCUCAGCAAUGUGGCCAUGCACGUCCGGAAGCUGGUGGGGACCCGGCACCCGCUGCUCAGCACCGCCAGAGGUUUUGUCUACGACAGCAAGAACAACCUUCAGAUGAGGGGCGUUAUUGUCCUGCUCAUUUCCAAAGCAGCAGGGCCCAGCCAUGCAGCGUCCGAUCUCCUGGCUCAGGACAUGGUCAGCGGUAUUUAUCCCAGCCAGAGGAACCUGGCGGAAAUCACAGAGUUGAUCCACACAGCAUUCCUGGUGCAUCGUGGGAUAGUCAACCUGAGGGACUGGACCGUUUCAGACGGCCCGCUGAAGGACAUGCAGUUUGGGAAUAAGAUGGCCGUCCUGAGCGGCGACUUCCUACUGGCGAAUGCUUGUACCGGACUGGCCCAGCUGAAUAACACCAAGGUUGUGGAGCUGAUCUCAAGUGCCAUCGGUGAUUUAGUCCAAGGAAUCUACAAUGAGAAUUCCAAUAAUACUGAGGAGAACGCUCUCACCGACGGCGUCGACGUGGCGACUUGGGAGGAGCAGACGUUCCUCUCCCACGGGGCGCUGCUCGCCAAGAGCUGUCAAGCCGCGAUGGAGCUCGCCAAACACGACAAGGAGUCCCAAAGGCUGGCCUACAAGUACGGCAGGCACUUAUCACUAGGCCACAAGCUGAACUCUGACCUGCAGCCGUUUGUGAAGAGCAGUGUGGGAGAGCUGCUGUCGUUCAGCUUGGACGCCGCUCCGGUAGUUUUCCACCGUCAGAUCGUCGGCCAGGAGAGAUGGCAUCAGCAGCUGCAGCAGGCUAAAACAGUGAGAAACCAGCUGGAUUAUUCAAAGCUUUUGGCGGUGGUUAAGUCGGAGAAAGGCAUGAGCUCGGCGGUGGACUUAUGCCGUUACCAUGGCAACAAGGCUCUGGAGGCCAUCCAGGCUUUCCCCUCCUCCGAGGCUAGAUCCGCCUUGGAAAACAUUGCCUCCACCGUCAGCAAAUUUUGACCUGGACACUGUCUCACACACACAUGCCCACACACACACACACAGCUGUUUCUACAUGUGCAGCCUGAGGUGUUUGUCUGCAGAGGCAACAGGACACUGAAGAGACAUGAGAACUUCCUUUGAGCCAGGUGCUGGCUCAUGUCUGGACGAACUGCUCUGCUCUGUUGUGGAUGAUAUAAUGGUCAUGGUCACAAAAAAAAGAAAUAAACACACAUGACGUCA